AAAUCUGCACAGACAAAACAGAAGACGAGGGGCAAAGCAGUCACAAUUCAGUUUUGGGGGGGGCACAUAUGCUUGCCUUUCUCAGAAAUGACUUCAUAUGUAUUUUUGGCCUUCUGUAAAUAGUAUUUGGGUGCACAAUGAAUCCACAAAAGAUUUUUUUUGAAUACCGACUUUGAUUGCGUCACGACAAUGAAACAAUAAGGUGGAAAGGUGUGGUUCGGCCCUCUUCGUUCACUUUUCUUUCCUCCCUCGGCUGAGUGACGCACGCAGUCGCGGCAACAUGGAGCCGGAGUGACGCCAGUGCGCAUGCGCGCCUACAGACGCAGCCACCGCGGAGGAGCCACUUGGUGAAAAGUGACAAAAAAGACAAAGGAGGCAACUGCCUUGAGGGAAAACAACAAGAGUCCGCUUUUAGCCCGCAAAGCUAUGAGCGACAGUCGGCUAGGGGACACACACAAGAGGUUCGUGGAAGUUUGGCAGCAAGGUGAUGGAGCAAAGGACACAAAAACUAUAAGCUGGUAGAAUCAAUCAACGCCAAAUGACAUCGAGGAUGGAGACGGUCGUCACUGCGGACGAGGCGUAAUCUUCAAUUUCGGAGAGGAUUCCCUUCUUCACGUCCACCAUUUCCCAUGCCUUCCAAAAUUACCAUUCAAGGCAUAGCGUCAAUCUCCAUAAAGGCGUGAACCCUCACUUCUCCUUCAAUCAAAUCAGAAACCCCAAAGCUCCUCUCGUCCAGGCAGCGGAGUGGUUACCAUGGCGAUGGUUGACAAGAUGCAGAUGUAGCGACUCGAAGGUUUGUGGCGAACGACGCGGGAUGGGCAGCACGCCAUAUCCAGGUGGCGAGUGGAAGGGUAAGAGCAAAGGGGGUCUUCAGGACCUGGGUUGCAUGCCCUGGAAGGUCAGCAAGCAGAAAUGUGGAGGUGGGCCGGUGGGAGCGGAGGAGCACAAGGGCAGGGAUCCGCAGCAGGAUAUUCCCACCUUCACGUGCAUGCUCAUGACGCCGCAGCUUCCUCGAGCCUCGGCGGGGCAUCCCGCGAUUUACCACGAGAAGCAGCGGCGGGAGCUGUGCGCCCUGCACGCGCUCAAUAACGUCUUCCAGGACGGGUCGGCCUUCAGCAGGGACACCUUGCAGGAGAUCUACCAGAGGCUUUCGCCCAGCACUCUGGUGACGCCUCACAAGAAGAGCAUGCUGGGAAACGGCAACUAUGACGUGAACGUCAUCAUGGCCGCCUUGCAGACGCGAGGCUUUGAGGCAGUUUGGUGGGAUAAAAGGAGAGACGUCGGCAGCAUCGAGCUGUCCAACGUGACCGGCUUCAUUCUCAACGUUCCGUCCAAUUUGCGCUGGGGACCUCUGCAGCUUCCGCUUAAACGCCAGCACUGGAUCGGGGUGCGAGAAGUGGCGGGGGUCUACUACAACCUGGACUCCAAGCUGCGUGGCCCUCAACCCAUCGGCAGUCCAGAUGAGCUCAGGAAGUUCCUCCGCCAGCAGCUGCGAGGGAAGAACUGUGAACUUCUGCUGGUGGUGUCGGAAGAAGUGGAGGCGCGACAAACGUGGCGGUCCGACAGCUGAGGAUCGAGGCGGCCAGUCGCAGCCACGACGACACGCGCGUUUGCCGGACUCUCCCGUAACGGAUGCAAAGCAAUGAAGAAGGCAAACAAACACUUUCCAGGGGGAGGAUUCGUGGAUGACAGUUCUUGACUUCAGAAGUGUUCAAGUACAGCUCUUCUUGCUUUUUCUACAAUAUAUCUUGACUAUUUUUCAGUCUGUUGUGAUCUGCUGGUUUAUAUCGAUAUUUUUUUGCGGCGUGGGGGGGGGGUUCACGUGUCCCGGGAGUACUCUCGAAAUGUUGUCCUGUGGUCUCUCCCGUCGCGGAGGGAACGUGGAUUCGCCGUUCCUUCACUUUCACCAAAGUGUGCCCUUCUUCACCUUAUUGUGACGACGUGUCGCUCCUCGUUUGCUUCGUCUUGUUGGUGGUCACUUUUUGUAUUACAUGCCACCAUUUUUUUUUGGGGGGGGGUCACAUUGUGACAUAACUGGAGCCCAAAUGCUGUGCCUCCUUAACUCUCCUCAUAGGUAGACACACAUCUGGAGCUCCUCGAUGAGCUCCUCAGAGAAUGUUUGUUUUAAUUUGGUCUAAUAAUGUGGAAGGAGUGGAAAAAAAAGUAACAUACCAAAAAAAAAAAAAAAAAAACUAUGUGGUUGUAUUAUUUUGAAAUGAGCCUUAUGAGAGAUUCACUAUUGUAGCUCUGAGAUCAUUCAGUUCAUAGUAUCGUCUUUGGGAUGAUACUGGCCUUAACUUGUUUACAUUGAAGGUGAGUGGGCAGUUUCACGCGUGUAUUCCAAAGCACUAAUUUUGAGGAGCAACCCAUCAAUGAUGUCUUUACUUGUCGCUGCCAAGGAUUUUUAUUUACAACCGUUUUACUUUUUAUACAAUCAUUUUUUUUCUGUCCUAAUCCAAUGCCAUAUGAUGUCUCAAAACAUUUUUUUUUCUUUUUUUGCCAUAGCAAUCCAUAUUAAUGUCCAGUUUAAAGAAAUGCUAUAAAUAUCAGUUAUGUUGUUUGUUGGUUUGUUUUUUGGCAUAAAUUUCAAAUGCUUAUGAUUGCACUUUAUGGCAAAGCUGCAGUGUGAGUGUAUUAAAUGGGUCAUUGCUCCGAAAGACG